AGAACUUCCGGGGCCGAACUCAACACAAAUAGACUUUAAUGUGUUACCAAAUAAGGCUCAGAUCACAUGAUCUACAUUCAACAAAGAUGGCUUACCCAACAGUAAGGGACCCACCAAUUUCUUCAAGACAACGUUCUUCACGAUCUAAAAUACCAAGUUGUCGAGUGGAAAAGGAGAUAGUACGAAAAACCUAUGAUUUAGUUAAGCCAGCUCCAGACAAAUACAACUGUAUGAUAUGUUCUGGCCUACAAGAACAACCAGUACUGAUGUCAUGCUGCGGUCAACAUUUCUGUGAGAGCUGCCUGAAAAAAUGGUAUGCAGAACAAGGCAAAAAGUGUCCUCAUUGUCGAAACACAGGGGUGACCUACUUACUGAAUAAAGAACGUGUUCGAGAUAUUAAUGAGCUCCGAGUGUACUGCUCCAACAAGAGCAAAGGCUGUACAUGGAAGGGGGAGUUGGGAAGCUCGAACGGCCAUGUGGAGUCAAAUUGUGGAUUUACUGAGAUCGAUUGUCCUAAAGGUUGCAAAAUGAAGUUACUACGAGACAAAAUGAGCAAUCAUAUACGAGAUAGCUGCUUGUGUCGAGACUACAGCUGUGAGCACUGCGGGGAGAAGGGCACCUAUCACACCAUAACGGGGGAAUGUGGGGAGUUUGGACCAUGUGAGUACCAUGAUGACAGCCAUUACAGCUGGUGUUGGCAAUAUCCAGUGCAGUGUCCUAACGAGUGCUUCAAGACUAUCAAGAGAGAAGAAGUUCAUAUCCAUCGAGAGAGUUGUCCCCUUGAGCCCGUUAAAUGUUCGUUCUCAGAGGUUGGGUGUCAGGAACAACUGGUGAGGAGGGAUCUUGACAACCACAUGGCAACCAGUGAUCAUCAACACCUGCUACUCAUGAUGAAGGCUUUCAAAGAACUGAAACAAGAGACUAAACAACUCAGAGACGAAAUGAAAGCGCAAGUAAAAGAGAAAAGCAGCUGUUUUGAUAUGGGUGAAUCUGGUACCAAAAAGUGUGCGUGGAUGCAAGUGCCGAUGUGCUGCUUUAAUGAACAAUCAAAGUAUUAGACUAAAUUGUACAUGAUCUGUAACAGUACACACACUGAUAAUACACCAUUAUUUCUCACCUUAGCUCUGGGUGUGUCCAGUUUACCCCCCACAGUGAUCAAAAAUGGACAAA